ACGGAAAUGCAAAACCUUCAAGAUCCAUCUUGGGCUAAGUUUGACCCAUAGAGUUACCGUUGUCCUCUAACAAUCUCUAAUACCAAAUACAAUUUCUGCUCAAACUGAACUUUUACAAUAGGAAGCAAUGGCAGGAACACUGGCACGAAAGGCAGUAGACCACCUGAAAAGCAAGGAGUUCAGGGAUUAUUUAACAAGCACGCACUUCUGGGGCCCUGUUGCCAACUGGGGGCUGCCUAUUGCUGCCAUUUCAGACAUGAAGAAAAGCCCAGAGAUCAUCAGUGGCAGGAUGACUUUUGCCCUGACCUGCUACUCGCUGCUUUUUAUGAGGUUUGCCUACAAGGUCCAACCCAGGAAUUGGCUGUUAUUUGCGUGCCAUCUGACCAAUGAGACUGCUCAGCUCAUCCAGGGAGGCCGACUCAUUAAAUACAACAUGGAGAAGAAGAUGGCCUCUUAGCUCCAAAGCAUCAGACUCCAGUAUUUUCCUGGGUACACAUGUUCUACUCUACCAAAACAUGUCACACCCACCUAAAUGUUUUUUACUUAAUUAUUGAUGUCUCUGAAAUCAAUCAUCUAAGUUUCAUGCAGACAAUUUGUUUCAAUUGUUUUACAGCAUCACACACAAGUUCGAGAUUAAAAAACAUCUACUUAUACAGUUGACCGAAGAUGAUGGUUAACUGUAUGUAAUGGUAUUUUGUCAUUUGAUUAAUUUAUUUGCUAUAAUAUUUCCACACAAUCUCUGAAGUUAUUACUAGUAAAACAUUGUUUUUGGUUUAUUCUACUGGAAUUGCCUGUGUAACCACUUACUGUAUACUGUAUGACUAAUAAUAAAAUAAAUAUUUUGAGGAAA